AUGCGAUUCCCAAUCUUCACGUCCAUAGUCUUCACUCUCGCAACUCACUCAGCUACCGCUCUCAAGCCAUGGAACAGCACGAUUCCCGAAUCCAUUGAUGAAGAAUGUCGCCAGGCUCUUACGUCAGACAUUGACUGCCCUUUCUUCCUCGGUCGAGAUUCGAUAGAGAAGGGACAUUAUUUGAAGGACCCAGCAGCAGCAGCAGCAUACUGUUCAUCGUCAUGCCGCUCUUCUCUUAGGCAAUACUUUUUCAAUUAUUCGAGGGCGUGCUACGAAUCAGACCUUCCGGAAGGUCUUCCAGGGCCGGACGAAACAGUAGAAUACGUGAUGUCGAUUUUCGGGACACAGGAGUAUCUUUGUGUUGCCGACGAGGACGGGCUUUGUCUCGGAGCAUUUUACAAAGAGGAGCGGGAUUUCUGUUCGGAAUGCGGACUCAAGCUGGCGGGUAUAAGCGCCAUGCUCGACUUAAAGAAGCCUCUAAAUAUCAGCUCUAAACAGUUCAUGUGUUUGCAAAAGAAUUGUGCAAAGGAUGAAAAUGGUUUCUUGGCCAAAGAUGAUGGAAAGGCCAAGUUAGAGAAAUUCUUUAGAGAAUUACUAUAA